AUGGAUCAAGCAAAACUGCAUAUGAAUUUGGAAGCUCUUAAUUAUGACAUGUCGGCUUUGUAUGAAGAACAACGCGAAACUCCAAUAUCAAUAGGUAAAAAAACGAGAACUUUCGAUCAACUUCGAGUAGAUAUUUAUAAUAUCUUGAAAACACCAGUGAGUUUGUUUUAUUCAUUGUUAUAUUAAAGGAGGAUAUCCAAUUGUCUGUCGUGAAGAGUAAUUCCCCUGUUAAUAUAAUUAUAUUCAAAUAAACACCUCUUUUUUCCAGUGCGAAGAAAAGCAAAUGACGUUGAAGAGAAUUGUGCCAAUUGGAAGUGUUGCAAUGAGCUUAUCCACACAUUACAGUAAUUUAAAUCUAAUUAUUUGCAUUGAAAAAACUGAUGGUGAUGAAGGACAGUUCUUUGGAAAUGAUAACAAUGCGAUUUUGCGUUAUUUGACUGAGAAACUGAAAACUCUUGAAGGAUAUGAAGAAAUCAAUUAUAUUGAUGAGAUUGUGCCAUCUAUCACAGGCUUCAAGGAUAAUGUUGCGAUACAGAUUACAAGUCAUUAUGGAACUUCUGUGCCAACCAGUUAUAUUGCAGCAAGAUUCAUAACAAAUGUCAUGAAAUUCUAUCCAAGUUUUGCCAUACUUCAUAUUGCUUUGAAAGGGACAUUCAAGAAUGAUCAAUUGGGUAAUAAUCAGCAAUAUUUCCCCAAUUCAUAUGCACUUUCAAUGAUGAUAACACACUUUCUCGUCGAAAAAGAAUUUCUGCCAAACUUGCAUCAACAAUAUCCCGAACGUUUUGAUCCGAAAAAUGCCACUUGGGAUUUCGAAAUGAUUCCGGACAAUGAUGUUUUGGAAUUUGGAAAAAAUGAGACUCCCGCGCAAACUCUAUAUCAUUUUUUGGAGUAUUACAUCAACAAACCGAUAUGCUCUUUCAGUAUCAAUAUGAAAAACAAUGAAAUGGUGGAAAGAAAUCAAUCGUUGGGACUUGUAAUCAUUGAUCCGUUUGAUGAUCAUAAUCCAGGAAGAUUGGUUACUGAUAAUCAACCAUUCAUUGAAUGCCUCAAGUGAGCUUUACUUUUAAUUUUUAUUUUAAACAUAUAGUUCUUGUUGUUUUCAGGAGAACUCAGAAAUUGAUUGGAACAUUGGAAUUAUGGGAUAUGCCGCGAUUGAUUGAUGGAAAAUCAGAGAUUCAAAACGCAUAA